GAAAAUAUUCUUCAUGGACCGAACAGCAUUUUAGCUAAACUGCGGCUCGGAGAGCUUCGCGGUCGCCAAUAUGUCUAGCUCUCGACAUGUUGUUCGAAACGUUCCUUCUUCCUCUUCCUCCAGAAACGUGCAGAACCAGUCGAGUGAGAACGAGGUUGAAAAACAGCUGAAUGCGGUUCAUUUUCCGGUUCAAAGGAGUCCUCUCAACACGAUUCCAGAUCCAUCUCAGCUACAGAGAGAGUUCCACGAAUUCGAUUAUGUUACACGAGGAGGCCAAUCGUUGGACACAGCUGAAAGUGCAGGUGCUAAAUGUGAUGCUCCUAGGGUUCUGAGCCGGCAUGGGAAUGGGACCGGAAGGGAGAAGGGGCAGUCGGAACCAAGCACGGCUCAGAGUACUCCGGUCAGAAGCGGCUGUAGGGCAUCGCUAGGUGGGGCAUCCAGUGCGGGACCUAGGAUGGCUAGUCAAUUCACUGGUGGGAGGGGAAUUGGGUCGUCUUCUUACUCGAGGGUUGCGAGAGUAUUUUUUACGGAGAAUUCAAAUGUUGAAUUGGAUGGCGAAGUUGCAAAUUUCGAGCUAGCUGAAGAUCCUGUGUUUUGGAAGGACCAUAAUGUACAGGUGUUGAUACGGAUUCGGCCGCUGAGUUCAAUGGAGAGAGCUUCGCAAGGCUACGGCAGGUGUUUGAAGCAGGAGAGUGCACAUACCUUGGCGUGGCUUGGUCAUCCAGAAACCAGAUUCACUUUUGAUCAUAUAGCAUGUGAGACAAUAUCACAGGAAAAGCUGUUUCGAGUUGCUGGACUUCCAAUGGUGGAGAAUUGUAUGUCUGGGUAUAAUAGCUGUAUGUUUGCUUAUGGACAGACAGGUAGUGGGAAAACAUAUACCAUGAUGGGUGAGAUUCAAGAGACAGACGGAAAUCUAAAAGAUGGUUGUGGAAUAACCCCUCGAAUAUUUGAAUACCUAUUUUCCAGGAUUAGAAUGGCAGAAGAGAACAGAAGGGAUGAGAAACUGAAGUACAUUUGUAAAUGUUCCUUUCUUGAGAUAUACAAUGAGCAGAUAACAGAUCUAUUGGAGCCUUCAUCAAAUAAUUUACAACUCAGAGAAGACUUGAAGAAAGGCGUAUAUGUUGAAAAUCUUAGGGAAUGCUGUGUUAGGACCGUCAGUGAUGUGCUAAAGCUUCUGUUACAGGGUGCAGCAAACAGAAAAAUGGCCGCAACCUACAUGAACAGUCAGAGCAGCCGCUCCCACAGUGUUUUCACUUGUAUAAUCGAAAGUCAGUGGGAAACAGAUUCCAUGACCCAUUUUCGAUUUGCAAGGUUGAAUUUAGUGGAUUUAGCUGGUUCUGAAAGGCAGAAGAGUUCUGGUGCAGAAGGAGAGCGUUUGAAAGAAGCAGCAAAUAUAAACAAAUCCUUGUCGACUCUGGGCUUGGUGAUAAUGUCUCUGGUGGAUUUGGCACAUGGGAAACAUAGACAUGUGCCAUAUCGAGAUUCCCGGCUCACAUUUCUACUACAGGAUUCCUUGGGUGGAAACUCAAAGACCACAAUUAUUUCAAAUGUCAGCCCAUCUACAUGCUCUGCAAAUGAAACUUUGAGCACUUUGAAAUUUGCCCAGCGUGCCAAGCUUAUCCAAAAUAAUGCUAAAGUGAAUGAAGAUGCUUCAGGAGAUGUUACAGCCUUGCAGCGGCAAAUCCAACGGCUCAAGGGCCAGUUAUCCUUUCUCAAGAAACAUCAUAAUAACUCUUCGUCUCUGUCUCAAUGUUUGCUGAGUUCCGGAGAAUCUAAAUUGAAUGAGUUUUCUGAAAUAUAUGACCCCUCAGAAGAGAGAAGACCGAUCAAUAAUAGUGAGAUACAUAAUGAUCAAAAGAGGAAGCUGAAGUGUGUUGAAUCUACUUUAAUUGUGGCAUCGAGGAGAGACAAGAUGGCGGCAACUGCACUCCAGAAGUUAGAGGUUGAAAUUGAGCACAUAAACUGCUUUGCUUGCAAAAGGGAAGAGGAAAUGCGACAUAUGAAAAUGAUUUUGAGGUAUCGUGAGGAGAAAAUCAAACAACUUGAACUGUUUGUGGCUGGUUUGCUACCCGCUGAGAGGUAUCUCGAGCAGGAGAAUGCGGUUUUGAAGGAAGAGAUUCAGCUACUUCAAGCAAGGAUAGCUAACAGUCCAGAAGUGACCUGUGCUGCUUUGGAGAAUAUUAGACUUCUUGAACAGUUUCAAUUGUUUAAAAGUUUUUAUCAGAAAGGAGAGCGAGAAACACUGUUAGCUGAGGUUUCAGAACUACAUGGCGAGGUUAAGUUGCUGGAAACAAUUGAAGAAAAACUAAAGUUCUCCGCUCAGUAUGAGAAUCAGGACAUUGACACUCUAAAGGAGUUGAAACAUUGCAGAAGCAUGAAUGCUAAACUAAUUAGGGAAGUACUCGAAUUACGGAGAGAGCUGGGAAAACACUUGAGUCAUGCGACAUAUGAUUCUGUUAUCGAUUCUUUCUCUAUGGAGCCUGAGGAACUCACACAUGCAGAUAAGUGUUCAAUGGUGGUUGACAGGGCUUUGCAGAAUAAAAGUCAUCAUAAUGUGGUGAAUACCUUAGUUCCCAGUGAUAUUCAAGAGGAAUUGAUAGAUUCCACAUCGUUAAUUGAAGCAAAGGAAAUGGAGCAGGUCCGUCUAAUCGAGAAUAUGCAGCUUAUGCAGGAGCAGAAUCUGAGUUAUGUGGAAAACCAACGUGAGGGGUGGGGAAUCGGAUGCAGUGAAAAUGGCAACAGGACGGGUUUGCAAGCUAAGGUGGACAAGUUGACGAAAGACCUUGUGGAAGCCAAAUUAAUGAAUUACCAAUAUGAAGAGGAUCACGCAGCACAAUUAUCUCAUCAGCUCAAAGUCAAAUUAACCCAUGAAGAGGUUGAAAUGGAGACGACUAGGACAAUUCUUCAAUUACAAGAAGAGGUAGCGGACCUCCAGCUAGAACUUCAGCAGAGGUUAUGCACCAUAACCCAAGAAAAUAUUAGACUCAAAGACAUCAUAGCAGCUAAAGAGGAGGAAAUAAAUGCACUUUGCAUGGAGUGGGAAAGAGCAACAGUCGAACUGACGAGUUUCCUUGUGGAUGGUUCAAGAUCCCUCAAAGAUGCCUCCGGACAGAUAAAAAGUAUUGCAUCUUCUUUUCCUCUUGUUAAUGCUUGGAUAGGUGAACACGUAGAGAAGGCUGCCAGAGUUUGGAUUGAGAAGGAAGAGAUGAUUUUGCUAUUACAAAAAAGCUUGGAAGAUGCCCAAAAGAUGGUAGUGGAAAUGGAACUGAAGUUAAAUUCGUUGAAGGGAGCAACAGUGGCUUGGAAUGAAUUUCAGCAACCUGAUAACGAUUACAGCUUAGGUAUUCUGUUGAAUGAUAAGAUUAAUCUGGUAAAAGUCCUAGAGCAUAAACUCAAACUCAAAGAGGAUCAGAUUAUUGAAGCAGAAAAGUGUGCCACAGCUGCAUUUCUGGUAAUAAAGUGGUUAUCUGGUUGUCAUGACAUUCCCCACAGAAAAGCCAUUGGAAGAGAUUCUGCUAAUGACAUUCAAGGUCAUACGACAUCAGAGACAAAUGCUGCUGAAAGCCUUCUGGCAUUUGAAGCCAUUAACCCUCGAGUUGCGGUGGCUGGAUUAGGAAUACUGGAAACUGGAAAUGCUAUGAUUGCAUCUUAUGCGGAUUCGGAAGUGCAUAUAACAAACCUUUUAACCCAAGUCUCGAAAGCUUCUAGUGCAUACAUAAAGGUGGUGCAGGAUCUGGUAAAUGAAAUUCGUGAGAUGAGAAACCAGGUCAUUGAACUAAAAGAAAAUGACCUAAAUUUUCAGUCUAGUGAAGUUAAAUUGCAAUUGUUAGAUGAACAUGAGAUGAAGUUUGAAAGUCAGUUUUGCAUGCUGCAUCAAAUAAGGGAUGAUCUUGCUCAAACAAACAAUAGACUGAACAGAAUAAUUGAUUGCAUUAUCACCAAUACGAGUAUGCAUAGCUGCUUGCUAAUGGAUAAAGAUUUGAUAGAACCAGAUGCAUGUAGUACUGGUUAUACCAUAGCAGGUUCUGAUGUGUCAAGUGAAAGUGUUGCUUCAGGAGAGAAAUCGGAUACAUCUGCAUACGUUUGCUGCUCUAAGUUAUCUGGAAGGUUACCUGAACAGAUGGGCUGGAAGUAUCAAGAGGGCUCUGGACUUCAAUAUAUGGAUCAAAGCUCUGAAAAGUCUCAAAAGCUCUUGGCAAAUUCGAAUAAUGAUGAAGCAGCGAAAUUCUGCCUUGUAAAGGAGUUAAAUGUGGCAGUUGAUACCGUCAACAGACUAUCUGUCUGGUUAAGCGCAAUUCUAGAGAACAAAAAUGCAGAUUGUUUUUCCAUUGAAGAGAUGAAGCCUUUGUGUCCAUCUUUUGUGUUGAGGAUGCCGACUGCUGAAGCAGGGUGCCACAGUACAGGAGAGGUAAUUUCCGAUGAGAAAAUUAAUUAUGUUCGUGGCUUCUUCACCAAUAUUGAGGAAGCCCAUGUGGUAAUUAAACAAGCUGAUUAUAUGCUUAAUGCAUUGCUAAAAGCAAAUGAAGAUGCAAAACAAGUGAAUGCUAUAUGGAAGCAGGCCAGUGAGGAAUUGACGGUAGAUAGAGCUCGCUUGAUUGAGGAAAAUGAACAGCUUAAGUCAUCGAUGUCUUUGAAAGAAGAGGAAAACAGGUUAUUGCAUGACCAAAUCCAUCAUAGCACAUUAGAUAUAGCAAAUGCAUUGUCCUUGCUUGAAAGUUCCUUCCUGAAAAUGCAAAAAGAAGUCGAAAACAUGUUUAAGGUCUUAUACUCUGUGGUCUCAUCAAUGGGGCGAGAGAUGCUUCGCUUCAUUUCCAAUUCAAGGUUAUCACUGGAAGAUACCUGCUCUGAGAUAAUGGAAAGAGGAUUUUCUCAGUUUGUCUUAUUUCAAUGUCUUGUAGAAGAGUUUAUCCUCCAAAUCCUUAACUUCAAGGAGGAGCCUGGUUUCUACACAUUCAGACAGAAAGAAAGCUAUCCAACAUUGACCUCCUCACAGAACAUUUGCUUGAGUGGCAAUUAUAGUAAUAGCAGGUGCAUAGAGGAAAUAUGUAAAGGUGAGUUGGUGCAAGAUCCGGACCAAGAGCUAGGCAUAUCGUGGGAUAAGCUGAUUUAUGAGAAUUUGUCUCUUAAGAAAGGACUAGAGAGAAAAGAAGUUCUGCUGGAGGGGCUUCUUUUUGAUUUUAGCUUGCUGCAGGAAUCUGCCUCCAACAGCAAGGACAUCAAAGAUGAGACCGAGGAGUUAAUUUUGGCUUUGAGUCGAGUUCAACAUGAGCUUGAGACCAAAACAACUCAUCUGGAUGAACUUCUAGUUCAGCAAAAAAAAUUUGAGGGUCAACUGGUUGAUACUGAAAAUGAUUUGCUCAUAUCGAAUUCUGAUCUUGAGCAGGCAAAAGAAAUGUUAAGUUUAUUGUCAGACCAAAACGCUGAGUUGCGAAUGCUUCUAAAAGAUUUCUAUCUUAAAAAAUCUGAAGCAGAAGGACAAUUGGAGGAACAAAAGGAGGUUGUCAAAAAUUUGGAAAAUGAAAUUCUUCAUCUGACUUCUUUGGUGGAUGAAAAAAUACACUCUUAUCUUGAAGGAGUGAACGAAGACCUGGAAAAGGUCACUAAUGAGAGAGAUCAACUCAGUGAAGAAGUUUGCUCCCUAAGUUAUAAGCUUGAGAUGGCUUAUGCAUUAGCUGAAGAAAAUGAAGCCAUUGCUGUUGAAGCUUGCCAGGAGUCAGAAGCCAGUAAAAUAUAUGCCGAACAGAAAGAAGAGGAGGUCAAGAUUUUGGAACAUUCUGUUGAGGAACUUGAGAAUACGAUAAAUAUAUUAGAGAAAAAGGUAUAUGAAAUGGAUAAUGAGGUAGGAAAAUAUCACUUGAUCAGAGAUUCCUUAGAAGAAGAACUUCAAGCUCUGAGGGCCAGACUCUUGGUGUUUGAAAGGUUCACUAACAUUGUAGAGUCAGAUGACCAAACUGCUCAAGAAACUGUGGAACAAACAUCCAGGCAGUGGCACGAUAAAUUAUUGGAACUCCAUGAAGCAAAUAGUAGGAUAGGACUUCUUGAGAUGGAAAGAGCAGAGCAAGAAAAAGUGAUCAAACAAUUCAAAGACUAUAUCUCCGAACUUGUAUUGCAUUCUGAAGCCCAAGCAUCACAGUAUCAAGAGAAGUACAAGUCUCUGGAGGCUAUGUUUCAGGACUCAAAGACAGAUAUCUCAAACUCAACAUCAACAACACCGUUACUGGAUAAAGAUGAGAAAGUCCCAAUGAGGACAAGGGGCUCAAGCUCACCUUUCAGAUGCAUCACAACUUUGGUACAGCAAAUGAAUGUCGAAAAGGAACAUGAAUUGUCAGCUGCCAGGCUUCAUGUAGAAGAGCUAGAAGCAUUGGCAGCUAAUCGCCUGAGCGAGGUAUGCAUGCUCAACACUAGGUUGGCUGCGGCAGAAAGUAUGGUACAUGACGUCAUUCGGGAUCUGCUCGGGGUUAAGUUGGAUAUGACUAACUAUGCUAACUUGGUAGACCAGCACUGGGUUCAAAAAUUGUUGGAAGAUGCUCAUCAGCAAGGUGCUGAAGUCCUGGCAAAGGAGCAAGAAAUUCUCAACUUCAAGAUGCAUAUUAAUGAUCUUACUGAGGAAAGAGAGAGUUACAUAUCUGAAAUACAAAGGAAAGAAGCAGAUAUACUCGCUGCCCAGAUGACCAUAGAGCAACUUAAAGAGCGGGAUCAGUUGCUUACUGCACAAAAUGAGAUGUUGAAGGUGGACAAAAGCAGUCUAAAUAAGAGAGCCACAGAGCUGGAUGAGAUGGUGAAAAGACUUCUUGUGAUGCAAAGUACCCAUGAGCAAGUCAAGCAGACAGCAAGGACUGAGGAAACUGGUGCUUUAAAUCUGGGUGAUCCUGCUUUGACAAAGAUGCUACUGCACUCUGAAAGGCUAAUGUCUCGGGUGAAUGACGGGCUUCCUCAAUGUCUCAGACUUAGCAGCAACCAUUCACAUGUUAAAAGUAGUAGACCUGGCUUAGAAACAAGACAUAGGAAGUAGAGGCUCUGCGGUGCAAUUACGAAGCUCGAAUGUUGGUUCUAACAAUUGUUGAUAUGGAUAUUUUUUUCUUCUGCUUUCACAAAAUUUAAAAUCCUCCAAGGAAAGAGAUUUGUCAAGGUGAAUGCAAGUGCAUAGACGAAAGAUUAAAUUUUCCUUUCAUUUCUACGCAGAUCCUUUAUGAACAAGACAUGGUGCAAUAAAUUCCAAGACAAAGCCCUAUCUAGAGGUUAUGUUGCUAAAUACUUCCUUUACCUUGGAUAUUUAUUUGCGGGAAAAAAGUUGUUUAUAGUGAUUGUGAAGUGAUUACAUGUGAUUAUGUUCAAGUCUUUGGUUGUAAAGGUUUCGGUGAUUUUGUUUCUAGCUGACUUCAGAGUCCAUCCUACCAUUCGUAAAUAUGUGAUCUUCCACUCACAUUCCUUUUGCUCUUUUUAUGGUGAACGCUAUUCAUUUGCUGUAACUUUUUGCUAUUUCUAAGUGCACACCAUUCAUAA